CAGUGCACCAUCCCCUUGUUUUCGAUCGGUCAUCUUCAGUAACACCAAUAGCACAAUUAACAGAAGCGUCAGAGGAUGCUACGCCUGCGGUUCCGGCCAGCUCACCUGUCGCUGAAGCUGGCCUUCACCCUCUCCCUCGCCGUCUCCUUCUCCGUCUCCUGCUGCGCCUCCUCCUCCUCUUCCUCGCCCCGCACAUCAGCCAGCUCCCCGGAGGGCGUAGCCGCGGACCUCCUCUCCGUGCUCGGCGGCCCGCGCGCUGCGGCGCGGGUGCCGGCGGCGGAGGCCUCGCGGCUCCGCGCCUGCCUCCGGUUCCUCGCCCCGGCCAACCCCACCACGGCCCCAAAGGUCUCGUCUUGGAGCCGCGGAGGCCCUCGGAAGUUCCUUCUGGAACGUUGCGAUGCGGGGACGGCGGAGGCGGACGAGAUGGUGAUGUGGCCGCCGGCCCCGGUCUUGGAGCUGGCCCGGCUGGCCGUCGACUCCGGAGGCGAUCCCGGUGCCAUCCACCGUGCGCUCGACCCAACGAUGCUGCCGGUGCCAGAUGUUGAGGCGGCCCAGAAGAAUAAAUGCGAACUCACAAGAACACCAUAUGGGAGGCGCUUUGCCAAUGAGGAGAUCAAUUCAUAUUUUGCCUUCUUGUUCGAAUUGAUUGUGGCACGGGGACCUUCAGUUGGAUUAAAUGUAUCCCUGAAUCGCUAUGAUUUGUUCCAUGGGCAUCUUUUCCUUGCAUCUGGAACAGGACGGCUUGGAAUUCUGUUCCAUGCUAAAGAAUACCCAGCAUUUAAUAAGGAAUUGUUUCCAUAUUAUUUGGGAUAUUGCCAAGCAGAAUCUAGUGUACCAUAUGAUGAUUCUAUGAAUUUGCGCAAUGUCCUUUGGUUAGCACCUUUGCCAUCAAAUGAGACAAAAGCUUGGUUAGCACCAGGAGCAUUAGUUGUCUUGGACGCACAUCCUGACGGAAUUAUCUAUCAAGAGAUGAUACGUGACUAUGUUCAAAUUGUAAGAACAAUAUACGAAGAUGAUCUUGGGGAGGUUGCUGUUGAUGUCAAUUAUCUAAAUGUGGCAAAUGCAGCUCCUAUAGAUAGAGUUUUCAUUUGCUGAAAUUCUUUUCUGAGAAGCAGACGUCAAUGCAUUAUCCUAAUGUCCACCAAAGCAAUGGUUUGUUCCCAUGAUGACUGCUGUGUAUUUCACACGUUUAUUUGAUUAAUUAAAAAUGCUCAAUGAAACAAUGAUUUGAUGUAAAGUUUUACAGUAUAUUGUUUUGUAUAUUCUGUGUACUUUAUAUUGAUUGAAACCUUUCAAACCCAAGUA